AUGGGUAAGGGCAGAGGACAUUGCUGUGAACGCUGUGAAGUUUAUUUCCUCUUGAUUGGUCAGAUUCCUGGGUAUCAGGGGAUGUAAAAUUGGGCUAUGCUUUGAUGGGGUUAAUUGCUGUAACGCUGUAUGUUUCAGCGCUUGAGUAGCCUAAUCUGGCUAAACCACAGGAAUCUCUGGAUCACGCUGAUGUGAACAGAAAGGAUUUCAGUCCCCUUCCUUAUGGCAUGAAAUCGGGACUGUAGAAACCUGCGCGCUUUCCCCCCUCUUUGCAGAGACACAGAAGCUGCUGACCCCAGUGAAUAGCUACGGGUCCCAGGAUGGGGACACGAGGCCAAACUUGGGCUUUGCUUCCAUUCAACCAGAAGAAGAGGAGCUCCGCAGGCGUCUGAAGUAUUUCUUCAUGAGCCCCUGUGACAAGUUUCGUGCCAAAGGCCGCAAGCCAUUCAAACUGGUGCUCCAGCUGAUCAAGAUCCUAAUAGUCACCAUUCAGGUAUGUGAGACGCAGGUGGCGCUGUGGUCUAAACCACCAUGACCCUUUCUGUGGCACUUAAUAUCAUGUUUAUACUUUAUUUUGAAAGAGACAAAAAAAUAGCUUUAUUUUGAUACCAAGAUAAGCCCAAUUGGUUGAAAAAUAAGCGGAAAAGGAAGUUUUUUCUAAACUGACACAGAAAUUGCAUUAGCCUAAAACGUGCGGAAAUUUAAAUUUUCAAAAUUCUCCUGCACCCAAUUUUGGACCAAAAAAUCUUAAAAAAUUAACUUGAGGUCAUCUCAUAGGUAUGUUCACACACAAAAAUUUUGAACAAUAUCUGAGGCGUGAAAGCACAUGGCACCAGGUGAUUUGGUGUAGAAUGACCCACCAAAUUAUCCUCUAAUCCAGGGGGUUGUCAACUAACGGGCGUUUCAGGAUUCGAGGUGGGUGGUAGGGGUUCUACGGCACAAGCUGAAUCAUCCUUCCAUUGAGCACUGGUGGGCGGUAAGGAAAUUUUACCAUCAAGACUGCGGUAGGCGGUAGGUAUAGAAAGGUUGACUACCCCUGCUCUAGUCAGUUACCACAGAUAGAAAAGGCUUCACAGUUGUACAGUUGAACUGGGACUACCAUCAUAUAUUUUUAGGCACCAGGCAAAAAGGUAUCUUCUAUAACCAGGCCUUUGGCCUUUAACUCUCUUUGCCCCCUGCCUGCCCCCCAACACACACACACAGUGAGAGAGAUUCGGAGCGGAAGACAUUGCCUCUCUCCCUCUUUCUAGCAGUGCCCUGCGUGCAUUUCCAAUAAAAGGGGUGAAGGAAGAGGUGACAUGUUUCUGGGUCCACCAGCAGGCACCAAGAAUGAGGAUGAAGUUUUAUAAAAGGGGUUUUAUUUUCUCAAGUGAGGCUCACCUGGUGCCUUCAUUAUACACCUUUAGGUGCCAAGCAAAUGAGAGUAAGCUCUCCAGAUGCAGGUGAGGGCCUCCUCCUCCUCCUUGCAGAUGGUGUCCACCAGCCACACAUUUUGAGGUGAUUUUGGCACUUCUCAGUUGGAAAGCCUCUCUUCCUUUGUGUCAAGUCACCACUUGACUUUUUUAAACAGACAAAGGUCACAGCCGGUUACUUCUCUUUCCACACAGUGACACAAUUUUUCAUUUUGUGUGCAGAACUGAUCCCAGGGUCCUCUCUCCUAAAAAGGACCUUUGCUCCACUUUCCACACUAGACAGUGAGUGGCUAGUUCUGGCCAUUCACAGUCAGGGUCAGGACAGACUCCUGAUUAGUUACCCAAUGUUAUGAUGCUAAAUCACCUUGUUUUAUGUGUCCAAACCCUCCAGAUGUUGUUGCUAGAUUCCAACUGCCCUCCUCCCCCUACUCCAUGACAUCUGACACCCUGGAUCUGCUUUCUAGGGCUGAUAGGAGUUGGGAGUUGAGAAACCAAUUCAAGAUGCUGGAAAUGCACCCGAGGGAGGGAAUACUUAAGGGUGCGGGUGUGAGCCCUGCAGAGGUGGGGUGUGUAUUUUAGGGUUGAGUGAAAAAUGAGCACCUAGAAAUUCCUAUUUGUGGGUGGUAAAAUUGGGGGUGGGGAGGAUUUUACUGAUGUUUGGGGGGUGGGGGAGGUGGCAAUUCUUCUGACAUUUGGAUGGAGACAAAUGAAAAACUUAGAAAAUUAACCAGAAUGCUCCCUAAGAGCAUGGGAUUUAUGAAGGUCCAAAUAACCAAGGAGCAACUUUUAAAACUGCCCAUGGGGUGGGGGGAAGAACACGGCUUCAGAAUGUCUCCCCUCUUCCCCGCUUACCUUACCUUCUGUGGCAGCAGGGGAGGCAGAAGACCAUUCUCUGGGCUUUCAACCCAGCCAAAGAUAGUUGUCGAAGGAGACAGAUGUUUCCGAUGCCAACUGACCCAAAAAAGACAGUUCUCUAAAGCAGCAAGACAUCUCUGGUGUCAACUGAUCUGAAGGAGACAGUUAAAUGAGCUUUUAACUGAUCUCAGUAUUCUUUCAAACAACUCACCUGGUUUCCUGGGAAACAAAACAUUCUGCAGCCCAUUGUGAAGUCAGAUCUUAGCCAAGGCUUUGCCCAAUGCACUGUGGGCUCUCUCUCUCUCCAUCUCAGGCCCAUGUCAACACUUUGGUAUCUUCAUCCAACUUCCAAGCACCUAGCCUGCUCCUUAAUUUACCCCUCACCAGGAGGGCCAGGGCAUCUGGAUCUGGGCUUCCAUUUCAGUUUUCCCCAAACACCCACUGCCUCGCAUCCCUAUGGGAAUCGAAGGAAAUAAAGUGGGCCCUGGCUGUGAUCCGGUUUCCAACACCUUAUGAAAACUCACCUGUCUCCCCAAGAUGUUGGCUGGCCAGCUGUUCCUCAUUUAGUCAUUGUGUGUUAGCGGUUCCAGUGGUUUGAAAGUUCUUGCCUUUUCAUUUUAGGGUGUGGGCUACACCUUCUCUCUCCGCCUGGCUAACUCACCACAUCUAGGUGCUUUCAAAAACACAUUUGUGCUCUCAGGGGGUCUUCCUUGGUGCUUUAUUUUCACUUGAAAAACCCACCUUUCCUCCAAGGAAGUCAAGGUGGUAUACAUGGUGUGCUUUCCCUGUCCAAAUUAUCCUGGCAAUAACCCUCUGAGGUAAGCUAGGCUGCCUCCAAUACUGGAAGGAGUAUGAGGCUAUGGUGGCUUUGAAGGAUGCCCUCCACACCCUGGGGUGGGGAUUGAGAGCUGGAGGGUGGGGGUUCACCCUGAGGGAGCCCCAGCCCCAUUAUUCAAAAAUGUUAUUCCAGAGCUUUUAAUGUGUAGUGCAGAUACAGCCAAAGUUUAACAAUAUGAAAAUAAGACAAGCAGAAACAGAAGUUACCUCAGACCCAGAUAAACUGCAACACAAACAGACUUACGAUGCUGAAACCCCCUUGAAAAGGACAUAUAGCCCCUCGUUUACCAAAUAUUAAACUGAAACGUUAAAAAAAGAAAUGAAUCUGGAAAAUUAAAAUCUAUAUUAUGUCCUAUAUCUAUUGCCCAGUGUGUCAUAGAUUAUUAACUGCUCCUCUGCUUGGUCCCUGCUCUCUGCCUCCCCUCCGCACAGCUCGUCCUCUUUGGGCUCAGCAAUCAGAUGGUGGUCACCUUCAAAGAGGAGAACACGAUGACGUUCAAGCACCUCUUCCUGAAGAACUAUGUGGAUGGGGCAGAGGAGACCUAUGCAGUUUAUACACAGGCAGAUGUCUAUGAGCACAUGGUCUACGCGGUGGAUAAGGUGAGAAGUGAGUAGAAAGCUGGUGGGGAAGGGGAAGGCAGCUGGACUUGACCAGGAUGACCAUUGCAACUUCCCCCUGUAGUACCUGGCCGUUGCGAACGAGACAGUCGGACGCUAUGCCUACGUGCAUGCGGGGAGUGCAAACCAGUCGGCGCUCAUGCUUUGCCAGCAUUACUACCGGAAAGGAAGGAUUGACCCGGCCAAUGACACCUUCAACAUCGACCCCAAAGUCAUCACAGGUGAGCAAGUGCCUUUCCUAGAGUCUCCAGCAUCCUCUAUGCUCUGUGAGGGACGCGGGUGGCGCUGUGGUCUAAACCACUGAGCCGCUUGGGCUUGCCGAUUAGAAGGUUGGUGGUUGCUCUGUCCCAGCUCCUGCCAACCUAGCAGUUUGAAAGCACUGCAGUGCAAGUAGAUAAAUAGGUACCGCUGUGGCGGGAAGGUAAACGGCGUUUCCAUGUGCUCUAGUUUCUGUCACGGUGUCCCAUUGUGCCAGAAGCAGUUUAGUCAUGCCGGCCACAUGACCCAGAAAGCUUUCUGUGGAUAAAUGCAGGCUCCCUCGGCCUGAAAGCGAGAUGAGCACCGCAACCCCACAGUUGGCUUUGACUGGACUUAACUAUCAUGGGGUCCUUUACCUUUACCUUACCUGUGGAGAGUUCCACACUGGAGUUUAGAGUAGGGUUGCCAUAUUUCAAAAAGUAAAAUUCCUGAUACCUACAAAGUUGUUGAGUUUUCUGAAACUCACCAAAAUUGUUGAGCUUUGUUUUCGGAACAAACCAGCUGCUUUUUUCAUCACAUUGCAAGUUUUCCCUGACAUUUUGCCAAUUUGGCAAAUUUUUUUCCGAUGCCAUUUUUACACCUGAAAACCAGGACAUGUCAGGAAUUUUGCUGACAUAUGGCAAGCCUAGUUUACAGGAAAGGCAGGUGUUUAGAGUUAAGGCACGGUUCCUUGUACAGUGGUACCUCGGGUUAAGAACUUAAUUCGUUCUGGAGGUCCGUUCUUAACCUGAAACAAGCUGAAGCACCACUUUAGCUAAUGGGGCCUCCUGCUGCUGCCGCGCCGCCGGAGCACGAUUUCUGUUCUCAUCCUGAAGCAAAGUUCUUAACCCGAGGUACUAUUUGUUGGUUAGUGGAGUCUGUAACCUGAAGCGUCUGUAACCCGAGGUACCACUGUAGAGUCAGGAAACUCUGCUCUUUACACUUCCUACUUUCCUGAGUUGUGCUUCUUUCAAGUUUCUAAGUUACUUGACUCGUGUUGAUCUGUGACUCAGACUGAGGGAAGUUGCCUUGUUCAUGCAGGAGCUAUUGUUUAUGGAAUGCUAUUUUCUGCGUUUUACCUUUUACAAAUAAAAAAUGAGUAGCUGCUGUAACUUUAGUUUGAGAAGAUACCACAAAACUGCUGGCGUUUUUUCCUUUCUCCUCAAUGCUGCCCCUACAUAUCUGAAUGUGUCAAGGCCUGGAAUCUGUUCCUCUUUUCUGUGUAGAGUGCCUUGGUGUGGAUCCCCCGCAAAAUAUACCAUCUGCCCAGGACUCUGAGGAGCCGUCUGGAGCCCUCCUGGAACCAGACCGCAGCUACAGGAACUUCACUCUCAAGUUUUACAAGUAAGUAGACACACUUCCUUGGUGUUUGCAAUAGCCGGAAGGGUAAGACACACACUCCAACUGGAGGAAUUCGCAGGAGGGAAUUCAUGUAUUCCCUUGCAACUUUAUUUUUAAGUCAUUGAGGCUUCCUGCCUCUCAUUACAUUUUUUGUGGGGACGACAGCUUUACAGAUCUGAAGGUUUCUGCCUACUAAUCUUACAUUUAUCAAUUGACAUGUUGCAUCUGUUGAUUUUUGUACCCAACAUGGUGUCAGGGACCGUGCUGAGGAGGGCUGCAAUGAAGAGGAAUGGUGGGAGCCUCUCCCUGCUCCUGAAUUUUCCCAGGAGCAGGGAAGUAGUAUAGAUUUGGAACAGUGGUUUGCAGAGCGGCAUAGUUCAGAAGGCAGAAGCUGGGAAGUACUGGGUGGGGAACAGCUAUAAUAAUAAUAAUAAUUUAUUAUUUGUACCCCGCCCAUCUGGCUGGGUUUCCCCAGCCACUCUGGGAGGCUUCCAACAAAGACCCAAAAUAUACUAAAAUAUCACACAUUAAAAACUUCCCUGAACAGGGCUGCCUUCAGAUGUCUUCUGAAUGUCAAGUAGCUGUUUAUCUCUUUGACGUUUGAUGGGAGGGCGUUCCCCAGGGCGGGUGCCACUACCGAGAAGGCCCUCUGCCUGGUUCCCUGUAGCUUUGCUUCUCGCAAUGAGGGAACUGCCAGAAGGCCCUUGGCGCUGGACCUCAGCAUCCGGGCAGAACGAUGGAGGUGGAGACGCUCCUUCAGGUAUACUGAGCCGAGGGCUUUAAAGGUCAACACCAACACUUUGAAUUCUGCUCGGAAAUGUACUGGGAGCCAAUGUAGGUCUUUCAAGACCGGUGUUAUGUGGUCUCGGCGGCCGCCCCCAGUCACCAGUCUAGCUGCCGCAUUCUGGAUUAAUUGUAGUUUCUGGGUCACCUUCAAAGGUAGCUUCACAUAGAGCGCAUUCCAGUAGUCCAGCUAGGAGGAGAAGAACUGGGAGAGAGAGAGAGAGAGAGAGAGAGAGAGUUAACCGACCCACUUUCUCUGGAAAGCAUCCAUCCACUCAGCCCAAGGUCAAGAAGAGCAGAUAAGGUGGCAGCACAGAAAACACAAUGGUUGCGAGAUCAGGUUGCAAGAUGCGGGAGUGAUUGGGGGGGGGACUAGGGAGGAAGUGGGUGAAACCCUUAAUUGGGAGCACCUUCAUUCCAAAAGAUGGAUUCUUUCUUCUCUUGCUGUGAUCAUUAGAAUUUCUAACUGGCAAGAGACUCCCUUCGCUUUGUUCUGCUUAAAGGUAAAGGGACCCCUGACCAUUAGAUCCAGUCGUGUCCGACUCUGGGGUUGCGGCGCUCAUCUCGCUUUAUUGGUCAAGGGAGCCGGUGGCCAGCAUGACUAAGCUGCUUCUGGCGAACCAGAGCAGCGCACGGAAAUGCCGUUUAGCUUCCCGCUGGAGCGGUACCUAAUUAUCUACUUGCACUUUUGGCGUGCUUUUGAACUGCUAGGUUGGUUCUGCUUAUCCACGGCCAAAAGUGGGGGAGGAAGCCAAGUCCCUGAAGCACAUGGUUUUCAAAAUGUGCAGGUUUUGCCUCCUUUUUUCUGAGUUUAUAAGGCUCAGCUCCCUUCAGUUUUUCCUACAAGAGAGGCUCUCCAUUCUGUUUGCAGUCAUUCAGUGGGAAACUGUGACGUUCGGUGGUAGAUUGUGACAGAGCUGACCCCCCACGUCUUGUCUCUGCCAGGCUCAUCAAUGUCACCAUCCGCUUUAAGCUGAAAGCCAUCAACAUCCAAACCAUCAUCAACAACGAAAUCCCGGACUGUUACACCUUUUCCAUCACCGUGAGUAAGGAUGCUUGAGGAGGUGUUGCUUUUGCCUCCUUUCCGCCUGUGUUUGAGGAGGCCUCAUUCACACGCUGGACUGAGAGGGCCGGAGAUGCUGCUCUGGGGCUUCUUCUGCUGUGCUGCCCGGUGGAAUUUCCCCCAGGAUGUACAUUGUCAUUCUUUUCUUCUUCUACUCCUCCUCCACCCUCAGAUCACAUUUGACAAUAAAGCACACAGUGGCCGAGUGAAGAUUCACUUGGACAACAAAGUGGAUAUCCAGGAAUGCAAAGACCCCAGUGUCUCUGGCAAAGGUAUUAGGGGGUUUCAGGGGGAGCAACACAGUACAAGCAUAAACCUUUUCGAAAGCAGCACCUCACCUGUAUAAGAGCAGCACUUAAAGCACUGCUCAGGGACCGUUUGCAGACUGAUUUUUUUAAGGGUUUGGUCUUUAGUUCCUGGCUAAUGAGAAUCAAUAUCCUAAUUGACUUAAAGGAUAUUUGGCUGUAAAUCUGAAUGUGUCCAUAAGGGUAGCCUCAUCCUGCCAAAAUAUGGACUUUGGAAAGAGAGAUUUGAGUGUUACAUGGGACUCUUUCUCAGCCUCCACAUUGCUGACUUAUCCCAUUCAUGAACCCAUUGAAUUGCAUCUUUGAUUAUGGAAACCUCUCAGUUCCUUCUUAGUCGUCUAGUUUAAUGACUUGCCAAAGCCUGAGACGAUCAUUUCAUAAGCUUAUGCUGCAGAAAGGAACAUAUUUCUUUAGUAUCCAGUUUCACAAACGUCUCAUUAGCUGGUGGUUUUCAUUUUCUAAAUUCAAAAGCCUCAACCUCUUUAAGAUUUUCUUCAUAGGGACAGAUGUUUGCAUCACUAAGGUUUAUUUGUCCCUUUUCUGGACCUUCUCAAGCACAUAAACUUUUCUUUGAAUGACUGGGAUGACCAGACUGUACCUUAUAUUCCAGGCAUGCUACAGAUUAGUAUAAUGGCAUUGUGACACCUGCUGGUUUACUGUAUUUUUCGCUCUAUGAGACUCACCUAGCUUUUGGAGGAGGAAAACAAGAAAAAAAAUAUUCUGAAUCAAAUGUUUUUGAAGAGGCUUUGUGUGGCUAUCCUUGAAGCCAGAACAGCAAGAGGGAUUGCUGCGCAACAAUCUCUCUUGCUGUUCUGGCUUCAGCAAUAGCUGCGCAGCCUGCAUUCGCUCCAUAAGACACACACACAUUUCCACAUUUCCCCUUACUUUUUAGGAGGGAAAAAGUGUGUCAUAUAGAGCGAAAAAUACGGUACUUUCAGUUCCAUUUUUAAUGAUUUCUAGCAUUGAAUUGGCCCUUUUUACAAUGGUCACAGCCAAAUGGCUUAUAUUCUCAGUGAUCCCAAGGUCCUUGUCCUGUGUGUUUUUUAUCCCAAUUAGGCUCGAUCAGUCCUAAGUCCCUACAGCUCAGGCUAUUCUCUCUUCCUCUCCCAUAUUUGCUUUUGGCAAACCCCCUUUGCCUCCUUUUCCCACAAUGCUCUCUGUCCCAGCUCCAGCUGGCCUACUUUUCUCUCCAGAAACCCUAGGACUUCUUCCAUGUGCCUCAUAGCAUCAUUUUUGCUGCCUGUGCAAACUUCCGUCACCCCCACAACCUCUGGGCUCUCUAACCAAGCCUAUUCGGACUGAAAAUUCUGCGGGUGGGGAGUGUGACCAUUUCCUUGUUCUCUAACCACCCCCCCCCCCGCAUUUUCUAGAAACCCACCACUGCCUUCCUCCUUUCUUGCAGGAGACAACAGCUUCCGGAUGUUCUUUGACGUGGUGGUGCUCCUCAUCUGCGUACUAUCUUUCAUCUUGUGCGGCCGCUCCAUCAUCAGGGGGCUUCUCCUGCAGCAUGUGAGCAUUGCUGGGCCAUCCUUAUUUACAGACGUACCACCCAGGACUUUCUGCAUGAAAAGUCUGUGCUCUUGUCACUGAGCCAGCCACACACAAAUUUCAGGGUGCUGCUGUCUGCAGGCAGAAGCUUUGUUGCACUAAUCUGCUUCAUUAAAGAGCAGUAGCCGAAAGCGAUUGUAGCAUUGGUGGGGCAAGAAGACAAAUAUUCCAAAGUACGUUUGCAUUAGUAAACCUGGAGCCCGUGCAACUCAAGGUCUGGCCAGGCCAUGGCACGAGGACCUGCCACAGCAAUAGUUGUGUGGAGUGCAGAAAUAGGGAGGGGGAGGGUUUGGAAGGCACCAGGUGACUACCACCCCUCCAGAACACACACACAGACACAUAAAAUUGCAGGGAGAUCUGGUGAUUGUAGCAGGGUGGGGUGGGGAAUAAUGUGCCAAAACAACUUUUAAAAGAAGAACAUGAAAAAUGUUGUUAGGAUGGGGUAGAACGUAAAUGAGACGUUUGCCCAGGGAUGUUAGCAAAGGACAUUGGUGAAAACUUCAUCGGCUGCUUAAGGCAAUGCUUAAUGUAGCAAUCCAAAAUUGCUUUCAAAAUUAAAAAUUCUGUGUUUGUGUGAUCGAGCAGCUUUUAUUCUGCAGAGACUCCAGUGCCGUAUUCUUCUAGCAGUGGGGACUAUGUCGGCCAGGUUUUUUAUCAGGCUGGGUGAUAUAGCAAUAUAUCAUCCGAACCCGAUUUGAAUUCCGUAUCUUGUAUUGGUUUCAUAGUUUUUGACCUGGUAAUAUAUUGUGACUCCUGGUGUGUAUGUGUGCGUGUGCGCGUGCGCUAUGCAAAAAUCACAAUGUGGGGGAAAAACCGUGAAGCCAGUCAAUGCCUCUACGUGGCUCCAUCCUUAUUUCAUACAUUGUGAUAUAUCAGUAUAUCGCAAUGUUUAGCUGUUAUCGCGAUGUUGGAAACCAGAUAUCGCCCAGCCUUAGUUUUCCCUCUCCACUGCGGAAUAGCUAGCGGUUGCCUCGUAAGAACUGUGUUGCUGUCUAGGCUUGUGCAUCGUGGUUGGGGUCUUCCAAGCUUAAUGGUAGAAGUCCUUAUCUCCCCCUUCUGGAGCAAGGGAAGCAGGAAAGGAGAGCAAUCGAGAGCGGAGGGGACUUUGACAGGAGGGAACAAGAGGUCGUGUGUUUUUCAGGAGGUGGGAAGCUCACCAGCAGCUCCUUUUCCUUGCACAGGAGUUCAGCCAUUUUUUCCAGCGCCGCUACAAUCAAGACAUCUGCCUGUCCGACCGCCUGGAAUUUGUGAAUGGUUGGUACAUCCUGCUGGUGGUGAGCGACAUCCUUACUGUGUCUGGAACCAUCAUGAAGAUUGGGAUUGAGUCCAAGGUAAGAAACAGUCCAGGUGUCGGGCUGGACUGAGGAGGAAGGGGGGGAGAAGAGGAGGGCAGUAUAGAUUUAGAACAGUGGUUUGCAGAAGGGCAUGGUUCAGAGGCUGCAGAGGGGGAAAGCUGGGAAAUAUUGGGGGAGCAGCAGGAAGAAGAAAUAUCAGGGGAGAGACAGCUAACAAACUCAGUGUCUCUUGAAAGCAUUCCUGAUCCCCCCUCUUCCAGAAGCAGGUGUGCAAUAAGAGUAGCAGAACAGAAAUCUCAGAGGCAGAAAGAUUAGCCGGCGCAAGGGUUACGUAGAAUAGGAGGGACCGAGGGGGUGGGACUUUACUUGGAGCAACGCCAUUAUCUAAGAGAGAGCGCAUCUUCGUCUCUCUGUGAAUACAGUGGUACCUCUAGUUGCGGACACGAUCCGUUCCGGGGUGCCAUUCGCACCACGAAAAGUCCGCAACUGGAGCGGCGCAAGCGUGGAGCGCAAUAGAGUGCUUCUGCAUGUAUGCACCCGGCAAAACGUUUGCCGCAUUCACAAGCUGAAAAGACGCACCAUGAACCUAGCGCAACUCUCUUUGUUUUUCUGCUUUUCGGCAUCCCACCGGGGGAGGGAUAGGAUUUCCUAAAGCCUUGACACCAGGCAGCCUGAGGGCUAGAGCCCAGGAAAGAAGGUCUCAGAUCCUGGGCUACAGUCUGAGCAGAAGAGACCCUGCUCUCACCACACCUAAAGAGCAACCCUGCACGAUGUGUUGUUUAUUUGCAGAACUUUGCCAACUAUGACGUAUGUGGAAUUCUCCUGGGCACCUCUACACUCCUGGUUUGGGUCGGCGUCAUGCGUUAUCUCAGCUUCUUCCAGAAGUACAAUGUAAGCUGAGUCCCUUUGCUUGCUUUCUCAUGCCCUAUACAGUAUAUACAGGCAGGAGCAAGAUCCCAAAAUGAAUCCUUUAUUUUAUCUUUUUAAAAAUGAAACCUGAGAUUUCCUUUUUUUAAAAAAAAAAUUAUUUGGUUUUGAGAUUCAGGUGUUCUGAGUUUCUCUCCACCCAGUGGAAAUUUCCUUACAAAUCCACAUUAGGGAUCCAUAUUUUUUCCAAUCAUACAACUCCUGUGCCUUUAAUAACUGCAUGAAAUGCAAACUUUUACCAGAUGGUGCUUCCUGGCAUCUCCCUAUCAGGAAGAGUUUCACCUGCUAAAUGUUGACAAACAAAGCUGCCCUUGUUUUUGGUUUUUUUAAUUAUUUAAUUUUUCAAAUUUUGAAAUUUACAAGCAAUUAUCAAACAACCAACAUAGAAACAGAAUUCUGAAGACUCCUGAACUUCCUUCCUCCCCUUUGUGGGUCCUUAUAUCAACCUUUUCCUCCUGCAUUAAUCCUCUAUUAAUCCAAAUCUUUUAAAUCUCCAUUAUACCCAAAAUUCAACAUUAAACUACAAGUUAAACUACAAUCCUACUAAUAAUUGUUUACAAUGGUUUUUAAGGUAAAUUAUAUAUUUUCCCCAUUCCUUAUUAAAAUUUUGGUCUUCCUGGUUUCUGAUUCUUCCAGUCAUUUUUGCCAAUUCGGCAUAGUCCAUCAACUUAAUCUGCCAUUCUUUUCUGGUAGGGACUUCUUUCUAUCUCUGAGCUAAUAACAUCCGAGCAGCAGUGGUCACAUACAUAAAUAGUCUUUUCUGAUCCGUUGGGAGUCCAGCACCUAAAAUUCCUAAAAGAAAAGCUUCGGGUUUUUAAGAAAAGGUUGUUUUGAACAUUUUUUUCAGUUCAUUAUAUAUCAUCUCCCAGAAUUCUUUUACUACCUUACAUGUCCACCACGUAUGAGAAACCUGAGAUUUCCGGGGUGAUGGAUUCUGUACCCCAAAACAAAUGUUGUAUUUGCAUCUCCUGCCUGUUGCCCGAUGCUCUUGCAGCUUCAAUGUUCCUUAUCUGGGUCACUACUAAUUUCACCAAGACAAGAGCCGACCUGAGACUUGUAACCAGGUCUCCCUGAUCCGAAUUGUGGGCGGCAUUUUCCCACUCAAGUUUUCUCGCUUGCUGUCUCCCUAGAUCCUCAUUGUCACCAUGCGGGUUGCUCUCCCCAACGUCAUCCGUUUCUGCUGCUGUGUGGCCGUCAUCUACCUGGGCUACUGCUUCUGUGGUUGGAUUGUGCUGGGACCCUACCAUGUCAAGGUAAGGGGAGCAGGGGGGACAGAACUGUCAUGGAGCCACCAGCUUCAGUGCAAACAAAGCAAAGAACUUUUCAGAUCAUUGUCACUGUUAAUAUGCGUCUUCCUUGGGGAAAGGGAUGGUUGCCUAAAUCUUGGAAGAGUUAACACUACAACAGAGCCAAGUGCUUGUAGCUAUUAUUAUUAUUAUUAUUAUUUAUUUUCAAUUACAAUCCAAUAAUAGCCUCAUCAUAACAAUACCAAAUUAUAAUACAGUGGUACCUCAGGUUAAGUACUUAAUUCGUUCCGGAGGUCCGUUCUUAACCUGAAACUGUUCUUAACCUGAAGCACCACUUUAGCUAAUGGGGCCUCCCGCUGCUGCCACGCCACCGGAGCACAAUUUCUGUUCUCAGCCUGAAGCAAAGUUCUUAACCCGAGGUACUAUUUCUGGGUUAGAGGAGUCUGUAACCUGAAGUGUAUGUAACCUGAAGCGUACGUAACCCGAGGUACUACUGUACAAUUGAUAAUACCAAUCAUUCAAAUACCGAAUUACCGUAUUUUUCGCUCCGUAAGACGCACCUGACCAUAAGUUUUUAGAGGGGAAAAGCAAGAAAAAAACCAAUUCUGCGCAGAGCAUGUAAGCGACUCUCGCUUUUCUUGCUUUAAAGCAAGCAAAGCGAGAGCCGCUUACAUGGCUUCUCUCCCGCUUUGCGCAGCUCUCACUUUGCUCGCCCAUCCCUUCUCCCGCCUCGCUGUAAAGCGCGGCGACGCCAGAGCAAGAAGAGAAGGAGGAGACACCGGGCAGGUGCUUUGCUUGCUUUACAGCAAGGUGGGAAGCCAGCAGGAGCAAGAGGUGCUGCACAGCUCUCACUGAAGCCAGCAGAGUAAGAGCGAUAGCUGUGCAGCGGCUCUUGCUCUUCUGGCUUCAUAGCGAAGCAGUAGGAGGGACGGAAGGGAGCCCUUACACAGAGCCCCUUCCGUCCCUCAUCCCACUUCGCUGUGAAGCCAGCAGAGCUGUCAAAUUAUUGAAAACCUGAAAAUCGUUGUCAUCGUUGUCAUAAAUGGCUGUUUCUCCCACUCACCUAUUGUCUCCAGAUUUGGGGCCUCGCUUGUCCUCAGCUCUUGUCUGCUGUUUUGGUUUCAGUUCCGCACCCUCUCGAUGGUGUCAGAAUGCCUUUUCUCGCUCAUCAACGGGGACGACAUGUUUGUGACCUUUGCCGCGAUGCAGCAGAACAGCUACUUGGUGUGGCUUUUUAGCCAGGUCUACCUGUACACUUUCAUCAGCCUGUUUAUCUACAUGGUGCUCAGCCUCUUCAUUGCUCUCAUCACUGGCUCCUACGAGACUAUCAAGGUUUGUUGUUGUUUAGUCAUUUAGUCGUGUCCGACUCUUCGUGACCCCAUGAGCACGCCAGGCACUCCCGUCUUCCACUGCCUCCCACAGUUUGGUCAAACUCAUGCUGGUAGCUUCGAGAACACUGUCCAACCAUCUCGUCCUCUGUCGUCUUCUUCUCCUUGUGCCCUCACAAUUUAAAUCACUAGUCAGUAGGACUUGAUUUAAAUCACUAGUCAGUAAGACUUGAUUUAAAUCAUUUUUUUUUACAGAAAGACUCAUUCUUGCUGGUAUAAUCUUAAUAUUUACAAGCAGAUGAAGGUUUCAUUUUUUGAAUAAUAAAUUUUCAGAGUAGUUUUUACAGUUAUAUCAAAAACUACUGAUUUGCUUAUACUAUUAGAAAUACAUUGUCAGAUAAUUAUGAAAUUAUUGUGAGGUUUAAUAAGUUAGCUGUUUAUAUUUGGACAACUUUUCUGCUGUACUUCAUUGGAAGGAGAAAAAUAAUCAAUUCCUUAAUAACCAUUUAAACUAUUUAUUUAACUAAAAUGAUAACAUUAUAGGAUAUGUAUCCAUGUUUGUUAACUGAUGUGGUUAAAUGACUUUUUUAAAAAAAAUAUCCUGAGUUUUAGCACACAUGAAAAACUUAAAUCCUUAUUUCCUGAUGAAUAGCCUUUGGACUAUACGUAAUGUAACUUAAAUAGAAAACUAUCUUUAGAAAGCUAUUUUCCUCCAAAAGCAUUUUAUUUUAAAAAUCAAAUUUAAAAAAUCUGAUUUAAAUUUUAAAAAAAUCCAUUUUUUAAUUUUUUAAAAAAAUAAUAAUUGAUUUUUAUCCACCCUGGCGAGACCUACUGAGAGCGUUGCUGAGUGUGUGUUCGUUGCCUUGAAUAAAGAAGGUAACUUCACUAACAGCUGGCUCUGCUUCUUCUGCUGAGCUGCAUCUGACUCCAGCCCUGAGGCCUAGCACCAGUCCAGAGACACCAUCUGAAUUUUUGCAUCUGAUAGGAGUCCUCUCCUUCCUGCAGUCCCAGAACUGCUCUGACCCCUAGAUAGUGCUAUGCAAACCCUGUCUCUCGUCUCUUGCUCUUGCAGCAUCAGUCUGAGGGGGAAGCGGCCAUUACCCAGCUCCACGCUUACAUAGCCGAGUGCAAAGACAGCCCCAAAUCGGGCAAGUUCCGCCGGGAUAGUGGUUCCUCGUGUUCGGUCUUCUGCUGCUGUGAGAGGUGAGUCUGCAGGGGAUGGGUCUCGAGCGACUUUCCCGCUAUUAUGAAUGUCUGUUCUUGGGCUCCAGCCAUUUGAGAGAGCCAGUGUGGUGUAGUGGUUAAGAGCGGUAGACUCGUAAUCUGGUGAACCGGGUUCACGUCUCCACUCCUCCACAUGCAGCUGCUGGGUGACCUUGGGCUAGUCACACUUCUUUGAAGUCUCUCAGCCCCACUCACCUCACAGAGUGUUUGUUGUGGGGGAGGAAGGGAAAGGAGAUUGUUUGCCGCUUUGAGACUCCUUCGAGUAGUGAUAAAGCGGGAUAUCAAAUCCAAACUCUUCUUUGGGUGGCCAGGCCCCUUUUGUACUCCAAGAACAGACCCCACCUUAAAAAAAACAACGGUAAAGGACCCCUGAUGGUUAAGUCCAGUCACGAACAGCUCCGGGGUUGCGGCUCUCAUCUUGCUUUACUGGCCGAGGGAGCCGACGUUUGUCCGCAGACAGUUUUUCCGGGUCACGUGGCCAGCUUCUGGUGAAACCACAGCAGUGCAUGGAAACACCAUUUACCUUCCCGCUGGAGCGAUACCUAUUUAUCUACUUGCACUGGACUGCUUUUGAACUGCUAGGUUGGCAGGAGCAGGGACCGAGUAACAGGAGCUCAUCUCGUCGUGGGGAUUCGAACCGCCGACCUUCCAGUCGGCAAGCCCAAGGCUCAGUGGUUUAGACCACAGCGCCACCCGUGUCCCAUAAGACCCCACCUUGCCCCUUCCCAAAUCCCUCUUCUGUGCAGGGCAUUAGGGCUGUGCCUCCGGAACAGGUAUUAAAGGACUCAUUGCGGGCAGAGAAGCCAGUGCUUGGAGCCCAAGACACAUCUUUGGUUAGGGGGCACUGAGGCACAAAGCUUGGUGGUUCUCUCUUCUCCCUCCUUUUUCUUUCCCACAUAAUAUUUAUUAGUUUUCCAAAUUUUUAACGCAUCAAUGCCAAAUUACAUCAAAUUGGAUACAAUUUUUCCGAAAAGUUGUCUUCCCACUCUUCAUCCUAAAUGCGUCCCUACUUUCCCCCAUUGCUUGCUAUUACAUAUUUAUUUCUAAUUCGCAUUUCAUUCCUUAUAUUCAAUUUACAGUUAUUAUUUCUUUUAAAUUCCCUUACCCCUUAUCCAUCAGCUAUCUAUUUAUCAAUUCCUGCUUGUAUAUACAAUAUAUUCCCUUAAAUAACUAAAGUUAUACAUCCCCCUGCCUGUCCACUUUAAAUCAUUACUAUUUCUAUAUUAAUUUUACUUUCUUUUGCGUUUGCCGCCAUUUUUAUCUUCACCACCAUAUUUAGCAUCUUGAUAAUAAUUUUUAUUAGUUUUCAAUUACAGUCCAAUAAUAACCUCAUUAAAACAACGCCGAAUAAUAAUACAAUUACUGAUACCAAUCAUUCAGAUACCAAAUUAUAUAAUUUAGGUGGCCCCUCACAUGCUAGAACUGAUGGGGUUUUUUUAUUUCUGCAUUUCAUAUUUCACUUUCCAGUAGUUGCUUGUCAGCAGUCAGCGCCCAUUUUGUGUUGGGCCCCAUAUUGUUUUGCGAUUCAUGUUCUCUCCACAGCGUUUGCGACCCAUUGUAAGAUUAUUUCUCAAGGACCCUUUUUUCCCUCCCUCCUUGAACCCUCCCCUCCCGCAAGAACCCCACUGCAGGAGAACGUCUUGGUGGUGAACUGA